AAUGGGGAGAGGAGGAGGAGGAGGUGGGUACUUCUGCGACGUAAGAUCCACAUCAGCUCAACUCCACUCACAUCCCAGCCGGCACUUCCUCACUUUCUCAGCUGUCUCGCCCCACACCGCUCCCUGCCUCCUUUUUGGCUUGUUAUAGGCGAGAAUACAGCACCCCCUUCCCCUCCUAAGAGCUGGCUUCCUGCUAGAUCGGGCUUUCGGGCUCCUUUCCUGCUGCCCGGCGCUCGCUUGCAAGGGGGCUGGAUGGUUACACCGGGCAGGUUGGCUCCAUAAUGUUAGGGACUGUGAAAAUGGAAGGGCAUGAAACCAGCGACUGGAACAGCUACUACGCCGACACCCAGGAGGCCUAUUCCUCGGUGCCCGUGAGCAACAUGAACUCCGGGCUGGGCUCCAUGAACACCAUGAACACCUACAUGACCAUGAACACCAUGACGACGAGCGGCAACAUGACCUCCAGCUCCUUCAACAUGUCCUACGCCAACACGGGGCUGGGGGCCGGGCUGAGCCCCGGCGCCGUGGCCGGCAUGCCGGCGGGCUCCGCCGGCCCCGUGAACGGCAUGCCGGCCGGGGUGGCCGCCAUGGGCACGGCGCUCAGCCCCGGCGGCAUCAACGCCAUGUCGGCCCAGCCGGCCCCCAUGAACGGGCUCAGCCCCUACGGCGGCAUGAACCCCUGCAUGAGCCCCAUGGCCUACACGCAGUCCAACCUCGGCAGGACGCGGGACGCCAAGACCUUCAAGCGGAGCUACCCCCACGCCAAGCCGCCCUACUCCUACAUCUCCCUCAUCACCAUGGCCAUCCAGCAGGCGCCCAGCAAGAUGCUGACGCUGAGCGAGAUCUACCAGUGGAUCAUGGACCUCUUCCCCUACUACCGGCAGAACCAGCAGCGCUGGCAGAACAGCAUCCGCCACUCGCUCUCCUUCAACGACUGCUUCGUCAAGGUGGCCCGCUCGCCCGACAAGCCCGGCAAGGGCUCCUACUGGACCCUGCACCCCGACUCCGGCAACAUGUUCGAAAACGGCUGCUACCUCCGCCGGCAAAAGCGGUUCAAGUGCGAGAAGCCGGCGAACAGCAAAACCCCUCAGGAGGGCAGGAAGGACCAGGCCGGGGCCUCCAGUUCCAGCUCUAAUUCCCCCCUGCACAGAGGCCACAACAAACCGGCUCAGCUGGACACGGCGACCUCCCUCUCCAGCUCCAACCCGUCCACCAGCCCCCAGUCUAUGGACCACAGCGGAUCGAGCACGGAGCUAAAGACCUCGGCCUCGGCCGCCUCCUCCACCAUCAGUUCCGUCCCCGCCCUGGCCUCCGUCCCGCACCCCCCUCACUCCCUAGCCCACGAACCCCAGCUCCACCUCAAAGGGGACCCCCACUACUCCUUCAACCACCCCUUUUCCAUCAACAACCUCAUGUCCUCCUCGGAACAGCAGCACAAGCUGGACUUCAAAGCCUACGAGCAGGCGCUGCAAUAUUCCUCCUACGGGGCCAGCCUCCCCGGCGGGCUGCCCCUGGGCAGCGCCUCCGUGGCGGCCCGCGGCAGCAUCGAGCCCUCGGCCCUGGAGCCCUCCUACUACCAAGGUGUGUAUUCCAGACCCGUGCUCAACACCUCGUAGCCCCCGGCCGCCGCCGGCGAGCCCCGCGCCCCCGCCCCUGCCCGGCCGCCCUCCCCGCCGGCCCCCCGCGCCCCUCUGCCCCGGCCGCCGCAGCCCCCGGGGUUCGCACGCUGCGUGCAAAGGACUGUUACUUUAUAAGCGUCUCGCAACGCGUUGUGUAUUGUUGUUAUCCCGCACCACCUCCCGCAAAGCCGGCCGCCUGUACGUGCCCCUGCCUCCCGACCCCCUCCCCGAGAUCCCUGUAGCCUUUGCAGGAUGUUAUUAAAAAGAAGAAAAAAUUGUUAAGCUUGUAAACUACUUGUUUGUGCUUUCACCCUCGCCCCCCGCCCUCCUCUCCCUUUCUGUGCUCUAUAAUCUCAUGUAAGUUUACAGGUAUGUGGCAAUACUUUAACAAUACGGAGAUGAAGAAGUGAGUAGACGUUUAAGGCUUUUUUUUAAUUAAAAAGGCUUUGAAGGACAAUACUGCUGUGACGUAGCAAAACACUAAGAGAAUCUCUAAGCAACAAGAGGACUAUUUACUUUCUAGGAUCAUCCUUUUGAUACUUGCAAAAUAAAACUUCGGCUAGUACAACCCGCAUACACCCAGAUGCUGCGGGCCGGAUCCUGCACUCCCGAGGGGACCAACUGGAGCUUUGGAGUGCAGGAUGCGACCCUUAUUUUUUCCAAGCGUUACCUCUCUUAGGAUGUAAUAUAAAGUUACAAGAGGUCACAGCCAGUUGGGUAUUUUUUUCCUUCCCAUCUGUUACUGAAGAUUCCCAUUCAUCAGGAACUCUCUUCAACAUGUGGAUGACAUGCUUAUUUAAUUUCAGUGUCUUUUCAUCGUAUACCACCUAGAACUGUAUAUGUAUAACAAGGUUCUUUUCCUCUUCCCCCGGAAAACACUGACUAUUGAUCCAACUUCAGGAAAAGAGGGGAGCUCUUUCACUCUCUCCUUUUCCGACUUAAUAAAUUCCACACCCAAAAUUUCUCGUGGCCGUUUAAUUAUCGCCAUUGUUAGCUUGUUUCAUCCAGUGUUAAUGCACUUUCCACAGUUUUACACGGUGUUAGCAUAGCCAGACGGGUUUUAUUAUUAUUCCUGUUCGCUGUCUCAAUGUUCUUAAUUUAUUGCAUGGUUUAUAUUUUUUCUUUCUUUACAGCUGGAAAUUGCUUUAAAUGACAGCAAAAAGAAUUACGCGUGAAUUUAAGAAAUUUUGUUAAUUUUAUAAAUGUGAUUGUAAUUGAAAAAAUAUUUUGAUUUAAAACGAUAACUGAGAAUUUAAGACGUGAAGUAUGUUUUUGAUCAUUUGCAGUUAAGGAAUUUAAAUAAAUCAAAUGUUAACAAUGAA